CUCAUGGACGUCAACAAACAUCUAUAAAAUAAAAACAAAACAAAGGGUUUUCGGAAAAUAUGUAGAAUAAAAUUUAUUUUAGCUUUUUCUUUUUAUUCCUCGCUAACUGUAUGCGCUUUUAAAGCGGGGUCUACGAAGUUUAUUUUUAUUUAUAAUUGACCAAACUUUUCGUCUUGUGCCUUAAAAGAAGAUCAUAACACUAAACAUGAAUGAUUUUGUUCGAUUUAACAAAGUUGCGGGCGUUUACUGGUUAAAGGAUCCAAUAAAAAAUGUUACAAUUAAAGUUAAAUUGAAACCAAAAGAUGUUCCCAUAUCACUACCUAAAUUUGAAGAUUAUACAACAUCACAUGACAGCAUUCAACAGGACAGAUCCCAAGAAUACACAUUUAAAUGGCAAGAGAAAGUAUUCAGUGCGUGGGAGCUCCAACGAUACAUGGACAUCCAUAAUUGCAUCACUGAUACAGAAUUAACAUACCAUCAAAUGAUUGAGGAGUCCGAUUAUGAACCAUCUAAAGUAUUUACUUAUGUUCAUGAUGAUUUUUAUUUACCGUUACCAAAUGAUAGUAAUAAGAGUAAUGUCAGUAGUUUAAGUAGUUGUUUUGAGAAAUUGUGGUUAAAGGAAAGAGUGAGUGGUGUGGUGGAGAGAAGUUCCAUGGGAAAUUUGUUUAAGAGUGAAGAGAGUUUAAGCAGCGAGCAGUGGACUGCUAUGCACGUGGUGUUGGAUAAUUCUGAAUAUAAUGAAGACUCCCAUCUCUUACUAAAACAGGAGUUAACACUAAUAUCAUUAUACCACAACACAACUCACAACUACCUGAUCAUGUCACCAGAUGUCAAUGACCUGGAGCUGAACCCUUACGACGUUGAGGCAGCAGGAAUACGGCUUGAAUACCAGUAUGGGAUUCAAGUGGACUUCGGAGAGACUUGGCAUUCCGAAGACCUUGUAACUUUGCUGGAGAAACUGUACAAGAAAUGGCUGAAGCGACACAAACAGCUGGUCAGGGUGUCCGCCCCCCCGCUGGACCGGCGGCUUGUCUGCUUGACCUUGGAGAUACUGACGGCAGACAAUUUUGACAUGGACGACUUGUAUGUGGAGUAUCAUAUAAAGAUACCAGAAGCAGUGCAAUGUGACGGAGCUUUACACGGCCGAACCCACGUCACGAGGUCUUCGUGUCAGGAUGGAAGUGAGAAAUGGGCUUUCGGAUACAUAAUCGAACUAGGGCUGGAGAUGCACAUUGGAACUGAGAUCACUCCUCUCCAAAUGUUUUUCGAAGUAAUUUCCACCGACUGGUGGGGGCGCCACCGUACAGAGGGCUACACCUAUCUCCCUCUAACAUUGACUCCUGGUCGCCACAAGAAACAGCUGUCCUGCUCUAGACCGCAAGAAAAUGACAAAAUGGCCGCGGAGAGCAGACGAUUCUUUGUCGGAGGUUGUCAUUUGAUAAAAGAUUUGGAUAUAUUGGCAAAACCACAGCUGCAGGACGCGAACUUCACCUAUGUUUCAACAGGGUUAUUAAACCUCCGUUGGGACGUGGUAUCCCAAACCCACAUUCCUGGGUUCAGCACUCCACAGCCAAGCACCAGUUCUUCAUCAGCAGUGCUCCUUGGAGCAGAAGCCGUGCUAAGACAAUAUAGAAAAGCCAGGGCCAAACUAGCGGCAGCUACUAAGGAUCUACCCUGUGGCGACAUCUAGCGGUGAAAGUAUGAUGUUGUAAUGUUUACGUACUCGCAUAGAUGGCGUUGUCAAAAGUUUUGGUGGACUCCAGUUUCUGCAUUACACCACGUCUUCUUAUCACCAGGAUUUCAUUAGCGGUGCUUCUUGAAGAAGAAGCUGUAAUGAGACAGUAUAGAAAUGUACG